AUGGCUUACAAUGAGCAGAACCAAACCUUCUCACUCUUGAAAAUCCCCUUACACAAGGAUAAAGAUGCUUUGAAGCAUUUGAUAUCGCUCUUACAGCAUCGUCACUGCUCAAGUCAAUUGAUACAGCAUAUAACCGCCCUUCAUGACGAACCCCAGUCAUCCACUAUCGCUCUUGUCGGCUCCUCUAUCGAUGGCUAUCUUGUCAGGUCGGACAUCGUCUCCUUUCGCCUUCAGCAUGUCCAGUCUAUUCCAACAAUCUACGACAUAGCGAUGCCAUGCUCAUGGAUGCCAGCAAUGCCAACAGAGAUCCAAGGACGUCUCCCUGCGGCUGGAGACCUUGACUCACUCCUGGAGUCAACCAUCAGCAUUGCCAUCAUCCAGGGACCUGAUCAGAGCAGCCUCGAUUCCAUCUUCACCCGGCUGUUCGAAGAGCUAAACAACAAAUUGAACAUGCCCAUGACUCUCACUGAGCCUCCCGUAACUAGGAGAAUCUGUGUUGUAGGCGGAGGAUACAACUACAGCUUCCGCGCAGACCUGUUCAAGGGAGCAGCAGCAGUUGGUGUGAAGCUGGUCAUCGUCGAUAAGCCAGGACACUGGGUUCAGCUGCUAGAGGGUAAUGAGUGCGAGGCUUUUUUGCCCAUCGACAUGACUCGAGAUGAAGGCUUUAGUGGUCGCAUUGUGGCCAGUUGUCGAGCAUCAGGGCUGCAAUUUGAUGGCAUCACUACAUACGCUGAUGACCUGCGUGUGCCAACUGCACGGGCUGCCCAGGAGCUCGGCCUUCCAACAGACUCGCCAGAAGCAUUGGAAAUAUGCACAAGUAAAGACAAGUUCCGUCAGAACUUCCCCAUCGAAGGCUAUCCGUCUCUCUGCGUCUCCUCAAUGGCCGAGUUCCAUGCUAGGGCUGACGAGCUGGUGCCCCAUUUCCCCUUCAUAAUCAAACCUCGAAACGGAGCAAACUCGGCCGGCGUUGCCAAAGCCGAAACGCUUGCUGAGGCUGAGAAUCUUGUGGAGGCGACGAUUCGCUCUGGUUCUGCCGCACUGGUGGAAAAGUAUAUUGAUGGACCCGAGGUUGAUAUAGAUUUUGUCUUCAUCGACGGCGAGGUUGCAUUCUGCGACAUCACUGAUGAGCCGCCGUGUACGGCCGAGUUAUUUGGUCCUGAAGAUGCACCCGCCUCUUUCAUAGAGUCCAAGGCGAUAUAUCCCGGCAUGUUACCGCCCUCUGAACAUUCAGUUUUGCGUGAGACAGCGCUGGCAGCACUGACAAAACUCGGCUUCAAGCAUGGCGUGUUCCACAUGGAGGCCCGUGUCAUUGACUCCUCCAUGCAAUGGAGUCGUGGUAAAGAUGAAAGAAAGCUCCCCUAUCUCGAAAAGAAAGCAACGGAAAAAGAAGUGCAGCCGAGGGCCAUGCUUAUAGAGAUCAACCCGCGCACGCAGGGCCACGCCUGUACAGCAGCUAUCACAUCCUGCUACGGCAUUGAUUUCACCUUGCUGCAACUUCUCCUUUGUAUAGAAGACACACAUCGUGCGCGCCUUUUAUCCGUUCCAUUUACGGACUUGAAGAAUACGUGUUCAAUCGUCGAGUGUAUGAUUACACCGCGAGAGGGCGUCUUCCACGGGGAAAAUAUGUUUGAUGAUCUGAGAGGCAGGCUGCCCCAUUUGAUGGAGAGAGUUGUAGACGAGGUCAUAUUUUACAAAGACGGCGACACUGUCAAAGACCCCAGCAAGCGGGCUUCGUGGUUGGCAUAUUUCACUGUGAAGAGUGAGGAAGGGCGGGAGGAUGCCAUGAGAAUUGGCGAUGACAUUAGAAAGAAUUUGAGAUAUGAAAUUGUCUAA